AAAGGAGGGAGACUGUGGAGAAGGGGGAGGAGGAUGAGGAGGGUGGAAAGAACUUGAGUUGAGGAAUUUGAAUCGUGUUUGAAAGGGGGAGAGGGAUAAGAAAGCCAGGGGAAUGUCUGGAGUCGCAGGGAACCUGUAGGCAGGAUACUUUGGACAACCGGCUGCAGGAAAGACUGGUUUAAAAAUAUGCUCUUGAUCGCUAGAAAUAGACUCUCGUUUGGACAGGAAAAGUUUAGAGCGUCGUUUGCUGUGCGCUUUUUCAUGGUAGAUGAAAGUUUUUGAUGGAGACAGCCCUGCUCCGUUUGAGACCAACCAAAGCAACAGGAUAAGGGAAACUCAAGAGUUUGUGGCAAUUCAGAGACUUUUUUUUUUAACCGCAUGUUUCAUAAAAUGGGGAACUGAAACGCUCGGAUUCGCUUUGUUUGGGUCUUGAUUUGUGGAUACUCAACAUUUUCAGCACCUGCCAAGUCAGAGAAAUUUUUUCUUUUUCUUUAGAGCAAAACGUAACUUUGAAUCUCUGAGCUGCUGCGAUGCGGUAAUGGAGUCUGGUGAUGUUUCCAGGAUGACUCUUCUCCUCAUGAAGCUCUUUUUCCGAGGUCAUUUGUUUUCGAGAGAAACUAUGAAUUUGUCUAAAUGGUCGUUUGUGAUUCUCACCGUCAUGUUUUCGGUUUGGAUACCAACAUCUGCAGAUUCGCUGACAGAUUUGGAGUUUGUAAAGAGUCCCACUACUGUCAUCUCUUCACUGGGCAAACCUGUUACACUGCAGUGCAAAUUGAAUGGUAAAGGGAGUGAGGACGUGGAGUCCCCUGAUGUGAUCUGGCUGAAAGAUGGUGUGCCACUGGAGCAUGCAGAAAAUAAUCAGUACCAAGUUCUCACUGGCAGCAACAGUAGGACUAUCAUAAGCACACUCAGAAUUGAGAAAGUCCAGCUCCCAGACAUGGGCUACUACAAAUGUGCUGUUCGAUCAGGAAGCAAUGAGACCUUUUCUGAUGAGGGUGGUAUUCAGCUGGAAGGCCUUCCUCAUUUUUCUUUGGAGCCCUACCACAUGACUGUCGUGGCGAAUGUCUCCUUCAGCCUUCACUGUGCAGCCCACGGGCCUCCUGAACCAGUCAGGGUCAUCUGGCUACAGGAUGGCCAUCCUCUGAAUGUUUUGACGGAUCCAGUGGCCCUCUCACCCUCAACCCUCAACCUCACAGGCCUGAACAGGACCAGCACCUUCUCUUGUGAGGCCCAGAAUCGUAAGGGUGUGGCCAGCUCCCGAUCUGGUACCAUCACUGUUCUCCCCAACAAACCUCAGGAUGUGAGAGCUGUAGAGAUCACUCAGUCCGCACUUCAUUUAUCGUGGGAACCUGGUUUCGGAGGUACUUACCAGAUAGUCAACUGUUCUGUUCAGGCCAAACAUUCAGGAGAGUCCAUCAUAGCAGGCCCACAUCAGCUGAUCCAUAAUCAGACUGUGUCCAUGCCACGAUCCUCACACAUCAUCAAAGACCUGGAGCCUCACACCCUCUAUGCUGUCAGAGUGGCCUGCCAUAGCAGCCAAGGCCCAUCUGAUUGGUCUCCCUGGGUGGAGCUACGUACCAAAGAAGGAGUGCCUGAAAAUCCACCAGCUAAUGUGACUGCUAAGUUAAAUGGGACGGAGGUACUAGUAAUGUGGGAGCAGCCAUCAGGAAAACUAAAUGGGCAGCUGCAGGGUUACAUGGUGGAGUACAGCACACCUGUUACUCAGCAGGUUGUCGUCAAUACCGGAUUGGGCACUGAGUUCGCAAUCAAUCUGUCUGUCCCCCUGUCCAAUGUCUCUUUCCGAGUGUGUGCCUAUACAGGGGCGGGUCAAGGACCCUGGGCACCCAUUCAGACUCUGACACUCAACGUUCCUGCAGAAAUGGGUGAAUUUAGAGGUCCAUCAUCGCCCCCAGCCUUUUCCUGGCACUGGUUUUAUGUGGUGAUGGCCAUUACCGGUGCUGUGUCCAUAGCUGUGUUCCUGGCUGUUUACGUGGCCAAGCUGCGGCGCAAGGAGACGCGCUUUGGAGAGGCGUUUGAACCCAUGAUGGAGAGUGGAGAGCUGGUGGUCAGGUACCGUGCUCGCCGCUCGUACAGCCGUAGGACUACAGAAGCAACAUUGAACAGCUUGGGCAUCAGCGACGAGCUGAAGCAGAAGCUCCAAGAUGUGAUGGUGGACAGACAUAAAUUAACCCUGGGAAAGACCUUGGGAGAAGGGGAGUUUGGCUCUGUGAUGGAAGGGCUGCUGACUCAAGAAGAGUUUGUUCUCAAAGUCGCUGUCAAGACUAUGAAAAUUGCUAUAUGCACACGCUCAGAGAUGGAAGAUUUUCUCCGAGAGGCUGCCUGCAUGAAAGAGUUCGACCACCCCAAUGUCAUGAGGCUCCUUGGUGUGUGUCUACAGACUGUGGAGAGUGAAGGAUAUCCCUCCCCUGUGGUCAUUCUGCCGUAUAUGAAACAUGGAGAUCUGCACAGUUAUCUGCUAUACUCAAGGCUGGGAGACUGUCCUGUGUACCUCCCAUCUCAAAUGCUGGUUAAGUUCAUGACCGAUAUUGCCAGGGGAAUGGAAUACCUCAGCAACAAGAACUUCAUCCACAGAGACCUCGCUGCCCGCAACUGCAUGCUGAAUGAGAAUAUGAAUGUAUGUGUAGCUGACUUUGGCCUCUCCAAGAAGAUCUACAAUGGAGACUACUACAGACAGGGCAGGAUCUCCAAGAUGCCUGUAAAAUGGAUCGCCAUUGAAAGCUUAGCUGACCGCGUCUACACCACAAAGAGUGAUGUGUGGUCAUUUGGAGUCACCAUGUGGGAAAUCGCCACUCGGGGUCAGACGCCAUACCCUGGGGUCGAAAAUAGUGAGAUUUAUGAUUAUUUGAGACAAGGAAACCGUCUCAAGCAGCCUCCAGACUGUCUGGACAGCAUCUAUUCCCUGAUGUUCUCCUGCUGGCUGCUGAGCCCAAAAGAUCGUCCAUCAUUCGAGUCACUGCGCUGUGAGCUCGAAAAAGCCCUUGAGGAUCUGCCAGACCCACAAGAUCCAGAUGAGAUUCUAUACGUGAACAUGGACGAGUCCUCCAUGGAGCUCGGAGCCGUUGGUGGUCGUGACCCCACUGGACGCUCAUCCCCUCUCUGCUUGAAAGGCCUGGAGUCUGUGACCACAGUGGAGGUCCACCACCCCAACCGUUAUGUCCUCUGUCCACAGCACGAAACCAACCGAACCCUUUCUGACUCCAUGGAGAGCCUGGACAUGCCAGUAUCAUCCUCCACAGCCACAUUGCCUCUACAGUCAUCAUGCCACUCCACUCCCAAUCGCACUCCAACUGUUGAGCUGCUCGAGGACAGGAAUGGAUCCAAGAAAAUGCCCUGGCAGUGACAGACUCACUGCCUAAAAAUGACAAGACUGGUCACUGCCAAAGUGUGCUAUCCCAGUACAAGUACAAAGAACAUAAUCCAGCCCGUCGCUGAUUCCUUCUAACAGCAAGAAGAAACCUUAUGUGGCUCUCUAUAUAUAGUUUGCACAGACGUACUCAUAAACAAGCAGCCAAAUUCA